CUCGCGUGGCAGUGGAGGCGCUUUGCAGGCAGAAGUGUCCCUCCUUCCCCCCGUGGCUGGCCAGAGCAGGCAGCGCUGGGCAAAAAUGGGGAAACGGUUUGGCCUCACCUCGGGCAGCGCCCCCUCCGUGUCCCCCAGUGCUGCUGCUCGCUCUAAUCAGGGGCCGGACUAGAUGCGCUCUAGGUCACCUCCAUUCUCGCCACCACCCAGAAUCACACUCCCAGCCUCUGGUUCAUGCAUGGAAAGAGUUGCAGCUCUGUCACCACUAUGACAUCCAAGCAACGCCUUAAGGAGGCAACUGUGAUUCUUGGCGGAGGCGGCCUGAUCUUCACCUCGUACCUGGUGGCCAAGGGAGAUGAACACUUCUAUGCAGCGCGGCUAGUGCCGUUCCUGCAGAAGCUGGUCGGCCCUGAGACAGCUCACACACUGGCUGUUCACCUCCUUGCUCUCGGGAUCCUGCCUCGCUCCAGCCAGGCUGACUCGGAUGCACUGGGGGUGGAAGUCUUUGGGUGUCGGUUUCGGAACCCCAUUGGUAUAGCUGCCGGCUUUGACAAGCACGGAGAGGCUGUCGAUGGUCUCUUCAAGAUGGGGUUUGGCUUUGUGGAGGUGGGGAGCAUCACCCCAGAGCCCCAGGAGGGGAACCCCAGGCCCCGUGUCUUCCGGCUGCCAGAGGACCAGGCCAUCAUCAACAGGUAUGGGUUUAACAGCCACGGCCACGCAGUGGUGGAGCGCAGGCUUCGAGCCCGACAAAAGACUCAGCGGCAGCUCACUGAUGUGGGGCUGCCUCUUGGGAUAAACCUUGGCAAGAACAAGGCUUCUGUGGAUGCAGCAGCUGACUACGUAGCCGGGGUUCGGGCGCUUGGCCCGCUGGCCGAUUACCUGGUGGUGAACAUCUCCAGCCCCAACACGCCGGGACUGCGGGCCCUGCAAGGCAAAACAGAACUGCGCAUCCUGUUGGCCAAGGUGCUGGCUGAGAGGGACGCCCUGGCAUCCAGGCACAAGCCAGCUGUCCUGGUGAAAAUUGCGCCGGACCUCACAGCUCAAGACAAGCGGGACAUCGCCAGUGUCGUCUGUGAGUUAGGCGUUGAUGGACUGGUGGUCACCAACACCACUGUGAGCCGCCCCAGUACCCUGCGUGGGGCUCUGCGUGGGGAAGUGGGGGGUCUGAGUGGUGCUCCACUCCGAGAGCUCUCCACUCAGCUGGUCCGUGAGAUGUACUGUCUCACCCGAGUGGCACCUUCCUGCUCCCCAGGGCAGGUCCCCAUCAUUGGCGUUGGUGGAGUCUGCAGCGGACAAGACGCCUUGGAGAAGAUCCGCGCAGGGGCCUCCUUGGUGCAGAUGUACACGGCUCUCACCUACAGGGGGCCGCCUGUUGUGGGCGCUGUGAAGGAGGAGCUGGCGGCCCUGUUGAGGGAACAGGGAUUCCGGAGUGUGCAGGAUGCUGUGGGCGCAGAUCACAGCCUCUGAGGACUCCUGGCAUGGGCUUGAUGUGACAACAGGGACCCUCUAGGGCACAGAGAUGCUGGUUUGCCCAGAGGUAGCGGCACCCAGGGUGUGCUGCUUUGCAGUCCAGCUGGCCCUCUCCCGUUCCUUCCUUGAGGGGAGCUCCUCUCAGAGUCAGGCGCCUUCCCACUAUUUCUGGCAAGAAACAAAGAAGCGCCUCCCUUGCCCCGUUUCCAGAACUUCCCGAAGGGGCUUCUUCAUGCAAGCUGUCGCAACCGGGCAAGCACUGUGUGUUCCUGGCAUAGAAUGAACAAACAUUGACACAGUCAGCGGCUAGCUCAGUCUGGCUUCUCUCAUCAGGAAUGACAAAGCAACGUGGGGGUGGGGAUUUCAUGCCGUGUAUCCUCAGGGCCAAGAAUUCCCUCCAUCUGCUGAGAACUACUUCGGGCAGGUCUGUGCAGGUGGGGAAUUCCAGUCUCUCUUGGGUGGGAUAUAGCACAAUAGGAAUAUGGCAGACAUGUUCUGUCUGUCUCAUCCCAGAGCUGCUGCCCCCCCUGAGUUUGGGCACUUGGCAGGGACAUGAUCAGUGGGGUGGGGUGGGGUGAAAUUGUAUGGUAUGUCUCCUGCCUGGUCUUCAACAGGUGGUGGAUCAUCUGUCCACCUAGUGGGUCUUUAAAUAAAGCUUUUGGUUCCUUCAA